AUGUGUGAAGACAAGGUACAUUGUUCGGAAAAGGCAGUCCUUGACAACUACAAUGAGUUCUUCUCCGAAGUCAAAUCCAAAGUUGUGGUUUACUAUGAGAACAUUGACGCACUUAUGACGAACGAAGAAGGAUACAACAAACUCAUUGAAAUGGGUAUGGUCGGUGAAAAGAUGGGUCGAUUCAAAUUGGACAAAAUUUUCACCGAAGUUCAUGUCCUCUCCAAGCGUAAGUACUGGGGCAUACUUGAAGACGGCACAGAAAUAAAACAUUGCAUGAAGUAA